AUGGCGAGGAAGAGGGCUAAACGUCAACUGGAAUCCUAUCAGGUCAACGGGGAGACGCUAAGACCUGGCGUAUGCGUCCUGCUCCGCGCACCGGACCCGAACACGCCGUCGUAUAUUGCUCGAAUUGAGAAGAUAGAAGCAGACUCCUCGAACCGCGUCACCAUGCUGUGUCGCUGGUAUUACCGUCCGGAGGAUUCGAUAGGAGGUCGAAGGCAAUUCCAUGGCUCGAAGGAGCUGUUUCUAUCCGAUCAUUGCGAUAGGUGUCAUCCAGAGGCCGUGGAGAGCACGUGCAGAGUACAUUCAUUUGCAGAGUAUACAACUUUGUCGACAGUCGAGGAGGAGGAUUUCUUUUGUCGCUUCGAGUACAAAGCAGCCACAGGAACUUUCAUGCCGGACCGCGUCGCCGUGUAUUGCACAUGCGAGAUGCCUUACAACCCUGACGAGCUUAUGAUUCAGUGCGAGAAGUGCAGAGACUGGUUCCAUCCAGCGUGCGUCAGACUUCCAUUAGAAAGAGUUCAUAGCAUCAGUCACUUCACGUGUCCUGAGUGCACCUAG